CGCGUUGGCAUGAUUAUUGACAACCUCAGGCGGCCUCCGUUGCGCUCGCCGGCCCCCCUCCGGAUUAUGACUUGUGUCGAGCUAUCACCAUCCCACUUCAUCCAUCGCUAGUCCUACGAUUUGUGAUCCGGGUUCAUGUUCUGCGAUUAUGGCGUCGAAGGAGACUUCCGGAUCGCUGCGUCCGCGAUCUCGUCGCUCGAUCGCCCAUGUCCCACGGUCGAAGAUGGCAUCGGGAGUCGAUAAGGAAAACGCUACGACUGAUCUCGGCGCUGCGAGAAAUGCUGCAAAGGAACUGGGGAAGGAAAGGAAAUCGCGAAGCAAAAGUUUGGGUCCUGGUGGCUUGGAUGCGCUGCAGGACUCCCACGGUAACCGUCGAAAGUCAACGAUGGCCUUGCCUUUGAAAUCCAUACUGAAACCUACAAUUCCUGUCUCUCCGGUACGGAGUAUCCCGACGUUCGAAGAAACACGCCGGCGCAGUCCGCGCAGAGGUAUUGCAUCAGAGAGCACUACGGCAGGCGACGAAGGGGACUCAGAACAGAAUAAAGAAGGUCCAUUGAUUGAUGUUCAAGAUGCAAAGGAAUUUCUCACGACCAGCCAUGAUGACCAAACCAAUCCCUUUGACACAUUCAACGCCUCUUCUGCGAUCAGAGAUGCAAAGGAACGGGAAGAGAAGGAGAAGAGAGAGCGUGAAAGAAAGAUGAUCCUUGAAAAGCGAGAAGCGCGUCGGAAAUCAAUGGCAAAUCGCCGGGUAUCCUUUGCGCCAGAGGCGACGCUGCAUACAUGGAAUGUUGUCGAGAUACCUGACGACUCAACCUCAUCCUCCGCCUCAAAUUCAACAAGGCGGGCAUCGUCCUUGACACACACAGAAGCUUCCAAUCCAGCGCACCCCGCUUCCAUAUUAGAGCCACCAUCCAGCCCCGAUGCUGAAGUCGACUCCGAUUCCGCUUUCUCUCCUGUACGCCAAGAAGAUCUACGACAGCUCCAAGACCGCAAUUCAUCCGCGCAAAAUCCUGAUCUGUCUUCUAGCCCUUUCAGCGGUAGCUCUGCUGACGGCAGUGAAGAUACGGAAGUACAGGGUUUCAGCAAGGAUGAUGACGAGGAUGAUCACUCAGAUGGUUCUGAUUCUGGGCUAGAUGGAGAAAGUACUGCUAUGAGCAUGGAUGACGUGACCAUGAGAUCGACUGCUACAGCACAGUCUGAGGAGUCUACGAGUUCUAGUGCGCGUUUAAAUGAAGCUCUUCGCCAGGCAGCACGAGAAGCUGGGACCAGAGGCAUUGACUACGACGAGAAUGACGAUGUAUCCAUGGAGAUUGCUGACCAAGAAAUCACCGGCGCAUUCCAGCCGUGGAUUAAGAAAGGGGAACGGAAGAGCUUUGACUGGGAAGACAUCAGUUCCAUGCAUGACCAGGAGAAUAUCAAUCCAUCCCGCUUGUCGACUCAAGACCGAAGCUAUCACACCUCAACAACCGGCGAUAACGACGAUGAGGAUAUGAGUAUGGAUGUCACCAACGCAAUCGGCGGUAUUCUCUCAAACAAUACGGAACGGCGCCAGAGUGUCAUGCGUCGCAAGUCAUUGAGCGAAGAAACUAUACAUGAGGACCAAACCAUGGAGUUCACAAAUGUGGUUGGGGGUAUUGCGCCGCCGAUUUCGCCAGCGCAUUCAAUGGCUAUUGACAGUGACACCAAUGAGGAUGAAGAGAUGACCAUGGAAUUUACCUCUGUUGUCGGGGGUCUCUUGGGCAAGAGCUCUGCUGGUGCGAACAAUAACCUGCAGCGUGGCCAGUCUGCUUCUGAAAUCAAUGGUGACCUCGACUUCGAUAACGAAGGGCAAGAAGAGACGGAUGACGUGGAUAUGGAAAUCACCAGAGCAGUUGGUGGCAUUCUUCCGUCUACCCAGGAGGAAGAGGAUCAGACUAUGGGCAUGGAAGUCACAGCAGCUAUUGGCCGAAUUCUGCCUUCUGCAUUUGGAGCUGGCGAUAAAGCCCAAGCGAAAAAACUGAUGGAGCUUGAAACUGACGCUGGACAGUUAGCCAGUUCUCCAUUCCAGGAGUCGGUUCAACAUUCACCUUCUAAGCUUCUUGCCAAGUCACCGACAAGGUCACCUGUCAAGUCACCUCUCUCCUUCCAUGUCGCUACUGUUGCCUCUGAGGAUGGUAGCCCUAGCCUCGCCAGCGUCAGAUCUCGGCCAUCUCGGCGAAGUUCGCUCCGACGAAGCUCGAGUACACCGACAUCGAAUCCGUCACAAACUUCUCCAGCCAAGAAGUCAUCUACUCCUCCAAAACAAACAACUCCUCAGCUGCAACGUCCAACCACUCCGUCGAAAACCCCGCCGUCCAGUAACGUCUCUUUUCGAAGCGCCUCGCCAAAGAAGCUCUUCCAAGCCGAGCUACAAAAAUCGGCAAGUAAGCAAAAGUCACCCAGGCGCAAGAGCCUGUUCGAGCAUAAUGCAGCAACAGGGCAGUCGACUCCUCUUGUCGUUCUACGUCCUGCUGAAAGGCGCUCUUCAGGCCUCGGUAUUGACAGGGAAGGCCUUGGAUCUCCUCGUGUUGCAGCUAUGCUUGACAAACGCAAGUCCAUUGGUGAAGAAGCAUCACAGUUCGUUCCUCAGGAAAAGCCAUUCCAAGGUGUGCGUUUUGAGGACCCUAUCCAACUCCAAGAGGAGGUAGAUCGGGAACGUGAGGAAGAGGAGAAACGUGAGGACGGCCAUAUUCAGCCGCCAAAACGAGACAUAACGUCGACCUUGAAGGACAUGAUAUCGAGCUUGACCCCCAAGAAGAACAAAUUACGAGGGAGGAAAAGCCUACAUGUCGGUGCAGCCAGAGGCUUGCUGGGAAAACGUCCCGUCGAACUCGACCAAGACGAGGAAGAGGAAGCAGAGAGUACCCCAAAGCGUCUCAGAGGCCCCGAAUCUAGCCCGGUGAAAAGCAUCAGACUCCCUGCUCCGCCCACCAAGGAAGAGACGGUUGGCAGAGUGAUCCGAUCGUCUACUCAUAAGCCCUUCGGUUCUUCUCCAGCAAAACAAAGCACCACUCCCACCUUCGGACUGAAAAACCUCAGCAUCAAUUCGUCAAGCCCUAUCAAAGAUGUAUCAGAUGCACAUGAAGGGCCCGUUGAUGCAGCUGUCGAGUCACUUCCGGAGCAAGACGAGACUGGUCCUGAGGGCUCAGAUACAAUGGAGCCCAUUCAAUUACAAGAAUUCUUGAACAUGACAAAUAUCCAUUUCAUGGAGCUGACUACAACUAAGAGGCGACAUACGACGGCACCAGGCAGCACAAGGAGGUCGCUUAGACUGUCUGGAGAUGCGGCCAGGUUUGCGAUUGCAAACUUCGAAGAUUGUGUUGCUGCCGGAUUCUGUACCGUUCCAAUGCUGGAGCUCUAUCAACACUCCUGCCGCGAGUUGAAGUCGUAUAUCUCCGAGGGUCGACAGGUCAUCCGGUCUAUCGAGGCCGAGACCUACGCCGAGAAUCCUCCUCUUUUCCGUGAAUACGUGACUGCAGCGCCUGACAUUCGCCUUCUGAUGGACAAUCAGUUCCGGAACGUGAAGACACAUGCACGAUUGCUCAGCAAAGCUACCUGGUACGAGUGGCGGAUGAAACUGCUCGAAGGCCUGAAAGAAGGGCUCGAUCGUCACGUGGAAGAAAUGAAGACAGAUGAUGAAUACCUUUCGAAACAUGAAGAGCUUCUCAAGGACGUGGUUCCUGAACUUAUCGAGAAGCAUGCUUCACUGGAGCAAGAAGCCAGUACGUUGCAGCAGCUGGCUGAUGAGAUCGAAAACUGCGACCAGGACGAGCUUCGCAGUGCACGAGAGAAGCUACUCAGUGUAGAAGCCGAGAUUGUGCUGAAGAAGCGGCAGCUUGCUGAAAUGCAGGAAGAAAUCCAAGACAAAGUGGAUACCAUUGAGGCUGGGGCAGAGCUCAAGGCAGAGGCGCUGGGGCAGAUAGAGCGAGCAGAAAAGGUCAAGGAAGAGUGCCGUGGCUGGAGCGCCAAGGAAAUCAAUGGGUUGAAGGUAUCUGUUCACAACCUGGAGCACCAGACAGGGUGGUGCAUCGUGGCUGCUUCGACUUCCUCCUCGAAGGAAUCCUCACUUGGACCCUCGUUGACUAUGCGUUACCGCGAUCAACUCGAGUUGACGUUGCACCCCAAAGCCUUCCAGGCUACUGACCCUGGAACAAAACUGAAUGCGCCGCUUGAACUGAAGUACACCACUGGGAGUGGGAGCAUGUCGACAAAAUCGAUUGGUCAGCUCUCACUAGUAUCGUCUCUCGUCUUGAGAUCCCUUCAGAGGCAUCUCGCUACCGUUGACCAAACUGCGACCCAGGCCAGACAUGUUCUCCGCUGUAUCUCUCAGGCAUGGGAUCAGGUGGCGACCUUGGAAGAAGAGGCGCGCAUGCUCGAGUUCUGUGGCGUCACGAAGCUGAAACUCCUAGAUGCCAGCGAGUCCCCUUCUCUGAGGGCAAGGUGCUCGGUGCUUGGUGCCAAACCAAAUAAACAGAGAAUCGACAUCGACUUUGCCGUCACCAUGUGCAUCAAGGAACAGCGUGGUGGAGAACACGCAAUUGCAGUGCUGGAAGUCAAGACGGACGUUAUUGCCAGUAAAGUCUAUGGAUUUGGAACAGGCAACGAAGUCGGCCUAUCGGAGAAAGAAAUGCAGCAGAUUCUGCGCCAGGGGCUGGGAGCGGCGAACAAGGCGGGACGGCGGUUUGGGAAUGGCGUUUGGAGCAAUAGCGUGAAGAUGCUUACAGCUAAGGCAUUCUGAUGCUUGCUCUUGUUUUUUGUUUUUAUGACUGUCUUAUUGUCUUCUGUUUAGCGUCUGGCUGGUUAUGGUGUUGCAAGGUUGCUUUCGGAGGACUGGUGGAAGGCCAAGAAUUUACUUGCAAGGGUCUGAUAUGAUUCGAGGUUUUUUAUUCACACAUACAUACACAUACACACAUACCUAUGUAGUACAUGCAUGAAUUCAAGUAAUCAUAGGGUUAUGGUUAGUUAAUAGGGGGGUUUGGGGGUAG